CAGCGAUGAAGCUUAUUGCAAUUAUUUUCCUGGUGUAUUUCUCCAUUUCCGCAGAUGCUGGAAAGGGAGGAAGCAAAUUCUGCAAGAGUGCAGAUAUGAAGUUGGAUGAGCUCAAGGACAUGAUAGAAGACAAGGAGUGUCCGAGUCCAGUUGCACCUCCUGAACCGCUCAUGUCUUGCAAGGAGAUUUAUGAUGCGACCGGGUCAAAAGAGAACAAGGCAUACAUGGUCGAUUUGAACGGCUGCAGGAAGCUGCCUGUUUACUGCAACAUGGAUGGCGCAGGUCUUGGUGAUUGUGGAGGCGGAGGGUGGACACUCGUCAUGAAGAUUAAUGGUGCAAAGCAAACGUUUAAAUACGAUUCACCGUUUUGGACGAACAGGAGAGAAUACGGCCUCCCUGAAGGGGAGUCUGGCUUGGAUGACCAAGAGACCAAGUUACCAACCUACUGGAACACACCCUUCACCAAGAUCUGUCUCGGUAUGAAGGUUGGUGAGGUCACCAAGUUCUUUGUUUUGAACCAAAAGGCAAGCUCGCUGUACGCCCUGAUUGCAGAUGGCAAAUAUCGCAAAACCUCUCUGGGUCGGGACGAAUGGAAGAAGUUGAUCACUGGUGCUUCCUUACAAAACAACUGCCAAAAGGAGGGUUUCAACGUCCUGAGUGUUAACGCCGGUGCUUCUAGGGCACGAAUUGGAAUCGUGGGUAACAAUGAAAACGCUUGCACGUCCAGUGAUUCCCGAAUCGGGUUUGGUACCGCUGGAUACCCAGACAAUACCAACUCGUGUGGUAACGUGGCCAAGCACGGUGGAGAUAAUGGCGACAAAUUCAUCAAAGCCAUGGGAUACAUCUUCGUUCAGUAGGAACAGUUAAACUUCAAGCAGUAGGGGCCUAAGCUAUUGGCUGCUGAGCAUAGUUAGUAGGAGCACAUACACGCUA